AUGUCCGGUCCUUCACAUAGCCACUCGGCCGAGGGCCACCUCAGACCCCGGCUGUCCAAAUUGACCAUGGUAGCCAUGACUUUUUCUAUUCUAAAUACCUGGAUCUGCCUCGGCGGUUCAAUAGGUCUCGUGAUGCCUUCAGGUGGCUCGGUGGCAUUCUUGUACGGAUUCAUCUUCUGCGUCAUCUGCAACUUUGCCAUGGCGUCUAGCCUAGGAGAACUUGCAGCUCUAUGGCCCACGGCGGGCGGACAGUACCAUUUUGUAUACAUGCUGUGUCCAGAGAAGUGGCGGAAGCUCUUGAGCUUCUGGGCCGGCUGGAUUAACAUUGCUGGCUGGCUCACUUUGGUAACAACAGAAGGCUACUUUGCAGCGCAAUUUAUCUCAGCAGCCAGCGUCGUGGCCUCGGACGGACGAUACGUUGCCGAAGCUUGGAAAACCUACCUCAUCUUCAUGGCCAUCCUGACAUUUUCGACCGUCUCGAUGAUUACAUGCAACAAGAUCCUCGGCGCAUGGAACAACAUGGCUCUCUACUGGUCUAUCCUGAGCGUCGUCAUUCUCAGCAUCGUUAUGCUCACGACUUCGGACAAGACCAACGCCGAAUUUGUGUUUACGACCUUUGAGAACGAAACAGGAUGGACGGAUGGAGUGGCGUGGAUUUUGGGUCUUCUCCAAUCUGCCCUCUCUUUGAUCGGGUUCGAUGCCGUUCUCCACAUGACGGAAGAAAUGCCGGACCCAUCUCACGACGCUCCCUUGGCGAUGGUGUAUGCAGUCGGUGUUGGAGGUACCACAGGAACCGUCUUUAUCCUCGUCAUCCUCUUCUGCCUCACCGACCUCCAAGCAAUCGUAACGACCUCGACCGGAAUGCCCAUCAUCGAACUUAUCCUCCAAGCGACCGGAAGUCGAGCAGGAACGUGCUUCAUCAGUCUUAUGCUCGCGAUAUGCUUCAUCCAUGGAACGAAUGGAUCGGUUACGAGCGCGAGUCGAUUGCUAUACGCGAUGGCCCGAGACAAAGGCAUCGUCUUCCAUGAAUACUUCAGCCACAUCAGCCCAACACUGGAAGUUCCCGUUCGGACUAUCAUGGUCUCUUUCGUCUUCAAUGCCGUCUUUGGGCUGCUAUAUUUGGGGCCGACGGUGGCCUUCAACGCCUUUGUUGCCUCAUGCACCAUCUUUUUGAACGCGUCCUACGCAUUUCCGCUUCUAGUCAUCAUCAUUCGGGGAAGAAAGACCGUGACCAAAUUUCAAACAUCUGAGACACCCUGGAGACUUGGCGAACGUCGUGGGCUUAUUCUGAACUGGAUCUCGGUCUUGUAUGUGGGAGUGACCUCGGUUUUCUUCUGUUUCCCGCCUGCGCUUCCAGUUACCGCUAGCUCGAUGAAUUACGUUUCGGUCGUGAUUGGAAUCUUUGUCGUGCUGCUUACCCUGUACUGGCUGAUAUACGGGAAAACAUUUGAAGGACCGGUAAGCAUACCCUUUCUCUAA